UCAAGAUUAUUAUCUUCAACUUCAUUACAAAACAAAUCUACCUACCGUACUCCAGACUUUGGUGAUUAUGUUAAACCACAAGGUACUGAUGACAAAGGUCGUGUUUUCACCUAUUUCACAGUUGGUUCAUUAGGUUUAUUAUCAGCUGCUGGUGCCAAAUCCACCGUUGAAGCUUUCUUAACCACAAUGUCUGCCUCUGCUGAUGUUUUAGCCAUGGCUAAAGUUGAAGUCGGUUUAGCUGCUAUUCCAGAAGGUAAAAACGUUGUUGUUAAAUGGCAAGGUAAACCAGUCUUCAUCCGUCACAGAACUCAAUCAGAAAUUGAUGAAGCUAACAAGGUUGAUAUUUCAGCUUUAAGAGAUCCACAAAAUGAUUCAGACCGUGUUCAAAACCCAGAAUGGUUAAUCAUGUUGGGUAUCUGUACCCAUUUAGGUUGUGUUCCUAUUGGUGAAGCUGGUGAUUUCGGUGGUUGGUUCUGUCCUUGUCACGGUUCCCAUUAUGAUAUCUCUGGUAGAAUUAGAAAAGGUCCAGCUCCAUUAAACUUGGAAAUCCCACAAUAUCAAUUCGAUGGUGAUAACUUGGUUAUCGGUUAG